AUGAGUAGCCAUAACAAAAGGAUAGAAACCGACGUAAAAAAACUAUUUAUGUCAAACCACGAAGUGAUUUUACAAGAUGACUCAGAUAUAACUUCGUUCGGUAUUAAAUUUAACGGGCCACGAGAGACACCUUAUGAAAAUGGUAUUUGGAGGUUACACGUAGAGUUGCCCAAAGAAUAUCCAUUUAAAUCACCAAGUAUUGGUUUUGAAAAUAGAAUAUAUCAUCCAAAUAUAGACUUUGAAAGUGGUACAAUAUGUUUAGAUGUUAUGAAUACGAAAUGGAGUCCUAUUUAUGAUUUGGUUAAUGUUGUGGAGUGGAUGAUUCCAGGUUUAUUAAAGGAACCUAAUGGUAGUGAUCCAAUGAACAAGGAAGCUGCCAACUUGCAGCUGUCAGAUCCUAAAUCAUAUGAAGAAAGAAUUCGAAGCUAUGUGGAGCAGUACGCUAAUAAAAAGGCUUAUAUUGAGAAAUUUGGUAAAGAGGACGAUUAUGAUGAAGAUGGUGACAUUUCGAAUGAUGAGGAAUAUGAUGAUGAUGACGAUCAUGAUGGUUUUGUUACCGAUAAUUUAAGCAGUAGGAGGCAUGUUGAUGAUAAGUUUUGCAAUUUCAAACUAAUGAAACAGGGAGGCAAUGGCGAGAAUAUUAAUAAUAAUGUUUAUAACAACAAUAAUAGUAGUGGUUUGGAUAUAAUGGAUAGUUAUGAUUUAGAUGAUAAUCAUACUGAUCAUACAAGUAACACUUCCUCCACUUUGCAUAAUAAAAAUAACACACAGGCUAAUGGUAUCGCUGAUGAUGAUGAUGAUGAUGAUGAUGAGUUGAGUGAUAUAGAUAUAAUAGAAGAUGACGAUGAUGAGUUGAUGGAUGAAAAUUUAAGUGAUCUAAGUGAUGAUGAGUAA